GUUCCUCCUGCUGUAGUCCCUCAAGUGCUGGGAUUACAGGCAAGAUGUCUUUCGAGGGAGCCAGGCUCAGCAUGAGGAGCCGGAGGAGCGGCGCGCUGGGCAGCACGCGGACUCUCUACUCCAGCGUAUCUCGGAGCACAGACGUGUCUUACAAUGACAGUGACUUGGUCAAUUUCAUUCAAGCAAAUUUUAAGAAACGGGAAUGUGUCUUCUUCACCAAAGAUUCCAAGGCCACGGAGAAUGUGUGCAAAUGUGGCUAUACCCAAAGCCAACACGUGGAAGGCACCCAGAUUAACGACAAUGAUAAAUGGAAUUACAAGAAACACACCAAGGAGUUUCCAACAGAUGCCUUUGGCGAUAUUCAGUUUGAAACGCUGGGAAAGAAAGGAAAGUAUAUCCGUUUGUCCUGCGACACAGACGCAGAAACCCUCUACGAGCUGCUGACCCAGCACUGGCACCUCAAAACACCCAACUUGGUCAUUUCCGUGACCGGAGGCGCCAAGAACUUCGCCCUGAAGCCGCGCAUGCGCAAGAUCUUCAGCCGGCUGAUCUACAUUGCCCAAUCCAAAGGUGCCUGGAUCCUCACUGGAGGUACUCACUAUGGCCUGAUGAAGUACAUCGGGGAGGUAGUGAGAGACAACACCAUCAGCAGGAAUUCUGAAGAGAAUAUCACAGCCAUCGGCAUCGCAGCUUGGGGCAUGGUCUCCAACCGUGACACGCUCAUCAGGAAUUGCGAUGAUGAGGGCUACUUUUCAGCUCAGUACAUCAUGGAUGACUUCAAGAGAGACCCUCUGUACAUCCUGGAUAACAACCAUACCCAUUUGCUGCUUGUGGACAAUGGCUGCCAUGGGCACCCCACGAUCGAGGCAAAGCUCCGCAACCAGCUGGAGAAGUACAUCUCGGAGCGCACUAGCCAAGAUUCCAACUAUGGUGGCAAGAUCCCCAUUGUGUGUUUUGCCCAGGGAGGAGGAAGAGAGACUUUGAAAGCCAUCAACACCUCCAUCAAGAGUAAAAUCCCAUGCGUGGUGGUGGAAGGCUCAGGGCAGAUAGCCGAUGUGAUCGCCAGCCUGGUGGAUGUGGAAGAUGCCUUGACCUCGUCCAUGGUCAAGGAGAAGCUGGUACGCUUUUUACCACGCACAGUGUCCCGGCUUCCGGAGGAGGAGAUCGAGAGCUGGAUCAAGUGGCUCAAAGAAGUUCUCGAAAGUUCUCACCUAUUAACAGUUAUUAAAAUGGAAGAAGCUGGGGAUGAGAUUGUGAGUAAUGCUAUCUCCUACGCUCUGUAUAAAGCCUUCAGCACCAAUGAACAAGACAAAGAUAACUGGAAUGGACAGCUGAAGCUUCUUUUGGAGUGGAACCAGCUGGAGCUCGCCAGUGAUGAGAUCUUCACCAAUGACCGCCGAUGGGAGUCUGCUGACCUGCAAGAAGUCAUGUUCACAGCCCUCAUAAAGGACAGGCCCAAGUUUGUCCGCCUCUUUCUGGAGAAUGGCUUGAACCUGCAGAAGUUCCUCACUAACGAGGUUCUCACCGAGCUCUUCUCCAGCCACUUCAGCAGCCUGGUGUACCAGAACCUGCAGAUUGCCAAGAAUUCCUACAACGAUGCCCUCCUCACGUUCGUCUGGAAGCUAGUUGCAAACUUCCGGAGAAGCUUCUGGAAGGAAGACAGAAAUAGCAGGGAUGAAGUGGACGUGGAGCUUCAUGAUGUGUCUUUCACUACUCGACACCCCCUGCAAGCUCUCUUUAUCUGGGCCAUUCUUCAGAACAAAAAGGAGCUCUCCAAAGUCAUCUGGGAACAGACCCGAGGCUGUACUCUGGCAGCUCUAGGAGCCAGCAAGCUUCUGAAGACCCUGGCCAAAGUAAAGAAUGACAUCAAUGCUGCUGGGGAGUCUGAGGAGCUGGCCAAUGAGUACGAGACCCGUGCAGUAGAGCUGUUCACGGAGUGCUACAGCAGUGACGAAGAUCUGGCUGAACAACUGCUGGUGUACUCUUGUGAGGCCUGGGGCGGGAGCAACUGCUUAGAGCUGGCAGUGGAGGCCACAGACCAGCAUUUUAUCGCCCAGCCUGGGGUCCAGAAUUUUCUUUCCAAGCAGUGGUAUGGAGAGAUUUCUCGAGACACCAAGAACUGGAAGAUUAUUCUGUGUCUGUUUAUCAUCCCCUUGGUGGGCUGUGGCCUUGUAUCAUUUAGGAAGAAGCCCAUCGACAAGCACAAGAAGUUGCUUUGGUACUACGUAGCCUUCUUCACCUCGCCCUUCGUGGUCUUCUCCUGGAACGUGGUCUUCUACAUCGCCUUCCUCCUGCUCUUCGCCUACGUGCUGCUCAUGGACUUCCACUCGGUGCCGCACACACCCGAGCUGAUCCUCUACGCGCUGGUCUUCGUCCUGUUCUGUGAUGAAGUGAGGCAGUGGUACAUGAACGGGGUGAACUACUUCACUGACCUCUGGAACGUCAUGGAUACGCUGGGGCUCUUUUAUUUCAUCGCAGGGAUCGUGUUCCGGCUGCACUCUUCUAAUAAAAGCUCUUUGUAUUCUGGACGAGUCAUUUUCUGCCUGGAUUACAUUAUAUUUACCUUAAGGUUGAUUCACAUUUUCACCGUAAGCAGAAAUCUAGGACCGAAGAUCAUAAUGUUGCAGAGAAUGCUGAUCGACGUGUUCUUCUUCCUGUUCCUCUUCGCGGUGUGGAUGGUGGCCUUCGGGGUGGCCCGGCAGGGUAUCCUCAGGCAGAAUGAGCAGCGCUGGAGGUGGAUUUUCCGCUCGGUCAUCUAUGAGCCCUACCUGGCCAUGUUUGGCCAGGUGCCCAGCGAUGUGGACGGGACCACCUACGACUUCUCCCACUGCACCUUCUCCGGGAACGAGUCGAAGCCGCUGUGCGUGGAGCUAGAUGAGCACAACCUGCCCCGCUUCCCCGAGUGGAUCACCAUCCCCCUGGUGUGCAUCUACAUGCUGUCCACCAACAUCCUGCUGGUCAACCUGCUGGUCGCCAUGUUCGGCUACACGGUGGGCAUAGUGCAGGAGAACAAUGACCAGGUCUGGAAGUUCCAGAGGUAUUUCCUGGUGCAGGAGUACUGCAGCCGCCUCAACAUCCCCUUCCCCUUCGUGGUCUUCGCUUACUUCUACAUGGUGGUGAAGAAGUGUUUCAAAUGCUGCUGCAAGGAGAGGAACAUGGAGUCUUCUGCCUGCUGUUUCAAAAAUGAGGACAAUGAGACGUUGGCAUGGGAGGGUGUCAUGAAGGAAAAUUACCUGGUCAAGAUCAACACGAAAGGCAACGACAAUGCAGAGGAAAUGAGGCAUCGUUUUAGACAACUGGAUACAAAGCUUAAUGAUCUCAAAGGUCUUCUGAAAGAGAUUGUGAAUAAAAUCAAAUAA